AUGGCAACAGCUGAAAGAAGAGAGGGAAGAGCCCUUGUGAAGUGGAAGAACACCUUAUUACUUAAUACUCAUCAUGUUCUUCAUUCAUGGUCCAUUGCUAAUCUUGACAGCGUUUGCUCGAAUUGGACUGGCAUCACCUGCGACAAUGUUGGAGCUGUUUGUAAGAUAAAGCUGGAUAAUUUCAGCCUCUCAGGUACACUUGAAAGCCUCGAUUUCAUUUCACUUCCAAACCUCACCCACUUUAGUCUCCAUAAUAAUAGUUUCUUUGGAUCAAUUCCAUCAGCUAUUGCUAACAUCUCCCACCUAGUUUUCUUGAACCUUGGAGGAAACAAUCUCAAUGGUACUAUUCCCUCCCAAAUAAGCCACCUUCAACACCUUACUUACCUUUCCUUAUCUAUGAAUUCUUUAACUGGCCAAAUCCCAGAAGGCAUAUUCUCAAAUUUGAGCACGCUUCAAACUUUUGAUUGUGGGAGAAAUCUACUCCAAGGGCCAUUUCCUUCAAGUUCAAUCAAGCUUUCCAAUCUUAAACUUCGUGACCUAAGUGAAAACUAUUUCUAUGGUUCGAUACCUCCGACAAUUGGAAAUCUAACCUCACUUAAAUCUCUUUAUUUGUUUGUCAAUAUGUUUCAUGGAAACAUUCCUAGUGCACUAUGCACUCUUCAAUCCCUUGAGAGCCUCAAUUUAUCUAACAAUACUUUGAGUGGUUUUAUUCCUCAUUGUCUGGGAAAUGUGACCUCACUGAGGUAUCUUAAUCUCCGCUCAAAUGUGUUGCGAGGAAAUAUUCUCAGAGCACUUUGCAAUCUUCAAUCCCUUGAGUAUCUCAAUUUAUCUAACAAUACUUUGAGUGGUCUGAUUCCUCAGUGUCUUGGGAAUGUAACCUCAUUGAGAUACCUUCAUUUGAUCUCCAACUUGUUGCAAGGAAAUAUUCCCGAUACUUUUUGCAAUCUUCCCUCCCUUGAGCAUCUCACUUUAUGUAACAAUUCUUUGAGCGGUCAGAUUCCACAAUGUUUCGGAAAUAUAUCGUCUUUGAGAUGCCUUACUAUUAGCCACAAUGUGCUACAAGGGAAUAUUCCCAAAAUGCUAUGCAAUCUUAAAAACUCUUUGAUAGUACUAUUUUUAUCCAAAAAUAGUUUGGUAGGUGCUAUUCCACAAUGCCUGGGGAAACUGAAAAAUUUGAUAACUUUAGAUGUUUCUAAAAACCAUCUUAGAGGCAUGAUAACUCCAACUCCAACCCUUAGGUAUGAAACUAAGACAUGGUUGUGCAGUUUGAGUUCCUUACAAUAUCUUGAUCUAUCUGAUAACAAUUUAGAUGGUCCAUUGCCUUCCUGUUUAGAGAACUUUAGCAAGGAACUCAAGGUUAUAAAUUUAGCUAGAAAUCAGUUCAAUGGAACUAUUCCAGGAUCAUGCACAAAGAGAAACAACUUGUUGUAUUUCAAUUUGAAUGGCAAUCACUUGGAAGGGCCAUUACCCGGAGGCUUGGUAAAUUGCAGCUCUCUUGAAGUUUUAGAUCUUGGAAACAACAAUCUAAGAGAUUCAUUCCCUCAUUGGUUAGAUACUCUUUCGAAUUUACGUGUUCUUGUGCUGAGAUCUAAUCGAUUUUACGGUGAAAUAUGCUCUUCUAACACUACACUUCCAUUCCUAAAGUUGCAUAUAUUUGAUGUUUCACACAAUAAGUUCACUGGUCCUUUGCCCAUAUAUUAUAUGGAGAACUUAUAUGCUAUGCAACAUGGAAAUGUCGAUGAAAUAUUGGAUUAUUAUGAUCGUUCAAUAAGCUUGGUGUGGAAAGGGGAAGAACAUCAAGUGUUGCAUUAUAAUAUUUGCACAUCUCUUGAUUUAUCCAAUAACUACUUCCAUGGUGAGAUUCCAAAAUCAUUAGGAAGGCUUCGUCUCAUCCAGUUUCUCAAUCUAUCACACAACCAACUCACCGGCUAUAUCCCAUCAUCCCUAGGAAAUUUAACCAUUCUUGAGGUGUUGGAUCUGUCAUCAAACCGACUAGUGGGUGAGAUCCCUGAACAGCUUUCAAAGUCAUUGACAUUUCUAGAUGUAUUGAAUCUUUCUUACAAUCAUCUUUCUGGUUCUAUACCUCGUGGCUCACAGUUUGACACAUUUGGUAGCGAUUCCUAUUUGGGAAACACGAAACUAUGUGGAUUUCCCUUAACUUUACCAUGUGGAGGUAAAGGUGAAGGGAAAACACAAGAUGUUGUGGAGGAUUAUUCACAACAUUUUCAUAUUGGAUUUAGCUGGAGAAGUGUUGUUAUUGGAUACGGUUGUGGCAUACCAUUUGGUAUUGCCAUAGAAUAUCUCAUAUUUAAGUAUGGAAAGCCUCGAUGGCUAGUAAGGUUAGUACAUGGGGGAAGUGGAAGUGUAAUAGUAAAGAAGGACCAGUCAGAUGAAUGA